AGGUACUGGUGGAUGGCAGAUGAUGAUGAUGCUGCUGCUGCGUGUACUUCCUGCCCCUCAUUGAACGCUGUGCUCGAGCAGAGGUGCGCGCUGGUGCUGCUGCUGCGGAGCGUUGGCUCGCCUGGGAAAGUGUUCGACGGAUUAUCCAUCGGGAACGGAGCUAGUACUGUGGUGCUAACGUCAGACUGCAGACGGGACCAGCCAUGCAAAGCUGAAAGUGUGGAUGUUAGACAGAGCGUCACCGCCGGGGGUUCAACGUAUGGCUUUAUUAAAAAAAAGUGUUUUGAGGAUCAUGCCGUCUUCCCAAAAGGGAACUUUUUCUGAAGUCUGAAGGGCUAGCUCCCGAGCUAGCCAAGCUAGCGAACUAUUUUUAAUUGGCUUGGAGCUCAAUGGCACUCGCUUGUUUCUUCGUGUCAUAGCGAAAAUACUUAAAAGUGUAUACGCGGGAAUAACCGUGCAGCCGAAGUGUCUUUGAAACGUAGACACCACAAAAGGGACCGAAAAUGAAGAAACAAUUCAAUCGAAUGAAACAGCUCGCCAAUCAAACUGUUGGCAGGGCAGAGAAAACGGAAGUUCUCAGCGAUGACCUCCUACAGAUCGAGCGGCGGAUGGAGGUGGUGCGGGUGGUGUCCCACAACACACACAAGCGGAUGGUCACCUGCCUGCAGGGCCACGUCGGUGCGGACGCCGAGAAGAGACACUCUGUACCGCGCCUCUAUACAGGAAAUGGUCAGAAAAAGCUUCCCCUGACGGCUCUAUCCCAGGCCAUGGUGGACGGCGGGGGCCAGCUCGGAGAGGACUCGCUGAUUGGGAAGAUGAUGGAGGUGUGCGGGGAAGCAGAGAAUCGGCUGGCGUCCGAGCUGAUGCACCACGAGCUGCAGGUGGAGAAGGAUUGUCUGGACCCUCUCAACCAGCUGGCGGAGGUGGACAUCCCCAACAUCCUGAAGCAGAGGAAGCAGCUGGCCAAGCUGGUCCUGGACUACGAUUCUGCCCGAGCGAGAUGGUUGCAGGCAACCAAGUCGAUAAUCUCCGGAACAAACACGCAAGCACUGACGGUCAAGGCAGACCUGCUUAAAGAAGAGAUGGAUGAGUCCAUGAACAAAGUGGAGAUGUGCAAGGACCAGCUGGCUGCAGACAUGUACAACUUCUACUCCAAAGAGGGGGACUACGCCUGCUACUAUGUCAUGCUCUUGGAGGCCCAGGCAGACUACCACAGGAAAUCUCUCACUGUUCUGGAGAAUGUCUUACCCACCAUACAAGCCCAGCAAGACUCGUGGACGGAGAAGCCAGCGUUUGGCACGGGGCUGGACGAGCACCUGAAGAGGAGCAGCAGGGAGAUCGCUCUGCCCAUGGAAGCCUGCGUCAUGAUGCUGCUGGAGACGGGCAUGAAGGAGGAGGGUUUGUUCAGAAUAGCAGCCGGGGCUUCCAAACUGAAGAAGCUCAAAGCCGCCCUGGACUGUUCCACCUCACAGCUGCAGGAGUUCUACUGUGACCCCCACGCCGUAGCUGGAGCCCUGAAGUCAUACCUAAGGGAACUUCCAGACCCUUUGAUGACUUUCCAGCUCUACGAUGAUUGGAUACAGGCCUCCAGUGUUUCAGAUCCAGAUAAGAGGCUGCAGGCCCUUUGGGUCGUAUGUGACCAACUACCAAAGAACAACAAAGCUAACCUGCGGUAUCUGGUCAAGUUCCUGGCCAAGCUGGCCGAGGACAGCGAGCAGAACAAGAUGACGCCCAGCAACAUCGCCAUCGUCCUGGGUCCCAACCUACUCUGGGCCAAGACCGAGGGGAGCCUGGCGGAGAUGGCUGCAGCCACCUCUGUGCACGUGGUCACCAUCAUAGAACCCAUCAUCCAGCACGCCCACUGGUUCUUCCCCGAGGACGUUGAGUUCAACGUUUCGGGCAUGUUCGCCAUGCCUGCGCCCGCCUCGGGCUCCAGCAACCACCUGGACUACGACUGCAGCACGGUGGAGCGGAAGAGGCCCGGCAGCAUGGUGUGUCCCGAGCCCAGCGACGCCUCGCGCAAGGAGAGCUCCGCUAACAAGCACUCGGACAACCACACCCUCCGUAGAGGCAGCAACACGUUAGGUAGAAAGCAGCAUGCUUCGCCCGCCUUCCAGCCCCCCUUGCCCCCCGUGGAGGCCCCCGGGCUGGGUCAGGGCGGGGGCGCUGGCGGGCAGGUCCCCCACCCCACGCCCGAGCCCCAGCCCCCGGCCCCGGCGGGGGGGCUGGGGGCCGCGGAGCACUGCCUGCCCAGCUUGGCGGCGAGCAUGGCGGCUCUGGCGACCGCUCAGCAGAUGCUCGCCCAGAGCACAGAGGACAUCAGCAACCCCAAGCCUCGAGAGCCCGCCCUGCACCAGAGGAACGGCUCCUGGGGCGGGAGCCAGCUGGGGACCCCCGGGGCCGGAUCUACGGCCCCCGGUAAACAUCUGAUGCACAGAGCCAAGAAGCCGGCCCCGGCCCCGCCCAAGCCCUCAAACCCUCCACCCAGCCACCCUCUGAGCACCUCCACCAACCACCAGUCCUCCGCCUCCUCCUCCUCCUCCACCUCCUCCACCUCCUCCUCCGGCUCCUCCCAGUCCCUGAGCCCCACCACGCGGCCCAUCUCCAGCCACUCCCCCACCUCGCCCACCGCCCCCUCCCCGGGGCCGUGCGCCACCCCGCGCCGCCCCUCCAGCAACCAGCCCCCCAUCCAGGCGCCCAACCACCCGCCCCCGCAGCCCCCCACCCAGACCAGCCCCUCCAGCCAGCCCCGGUCGCUGGGCCAGCCCCCGGGGGGACGGGGGGACGCCUCCCCCCCAGACACCCCCACCCCGCCGGACACGCCCCCUCCUUACUCGCCCGCCGCCCCCGCCCAGGACAGCCCCGGGCCGGUCGCUCCCUCCGCCCCCUCUCCCUUCCAGUCGGGCUCGCUGCCCCGGCCCCGCCCGGUCCCCCGGCCCCGGAACAGGCCCAGCAUCCCGCCGCCGCCGCAGCCUCCUGUCGCUGCGGGAGACGCCAACGGGAUCUGCGCCACCUCUUACAAGAUCUUGGGUUGAAGAGCGUCUAGGACCAGACCCGGCCAUGUCUUUCAAAGGCCUAACCCGAGCCCUGGUCCCUGUGCUCGAUGUGGACCAGCAGCCAGACCCCUCCUCCACCACCACCUCCUCCACCCUCCCCCCCUUCACGCUCAAAGACCUUGACCUGGAAACCGAGACCACCGUCCUAUGAGGAGAGAGAGAGCGAGGAGGAGGAGGGGGGACGGAGAGGGGGGGGAUUAGUAAACUCCGCCCACCCCAGUCCCAUCCCCACCAUCACCUCUGCGAUUCCACUCUCUGUCCCUUCCCUACUGCAGUGCCCACCCGCUGCUGUACGCUACCCACCCACAGACGCCGUGCACUGUAACACACACACACACACGCGCGCGCUUCAUAUUACACGUUUCUAGAAGCUUCAGCUUGAGACUGUGGAUGCAUAAUGAACCAGUUCCCUGACAGUAUAUCAAUAGUGAAGGCAUACAGAGCCCAUCAGGGUGGGUGAGGCCCUCUGCUCAUGUUACAGUAGCAGGCCACCCACCAACACAGCGCUGAGGAGCUUCCAUCACUUGCAUUCCACUGCGGCGAGGGCUUGUGGUGGAGGGAGGUCUUUAGCGAGGUGGUCCUUGUACAGUUGAGAGGUCUCGGUGUGUGAGCCGCGGGGCUGUUUGUGGCACAAGUCAGUUGCCACACAGGGUGGAGAGGAACGAGGAAACACUGGUUGUGUUUCCACGGGUGAUUUAUUUUUUUGCAGAGGAAACUGAGCGAACCAAAAGUGUUGCCGAGGCUGUAGCUGGUGACUGCGGGAUCCGGUCGUCCGAACCGCUCGGUUGACAUUUUUACCUGUUUGGUUUCCGUCUCAAAACCCUUCCUCCCUGGGCCGUCUCGCUGGGUUGUAUUUAUUGAAGUAAGAGAAAAACACACAUUCCCUGUGUCUUGAUGGCCUUUCAAGUUUGCAGUCUCCUUGAAAAACAAAUCAUGCCUUAACCGGUUUCUACCAGAAACCUUUUUUUUAAUAAUGAUCUUGUCCCUAUAUUAUUUACAAUAUGGCUGGGAAGGACCACGGAUGCGUUCAGUUUUUUCCUAAAAAAGGAAACUCACUUUGCAGUUAAGGUUCUCGAGGGGGGGGGGGGGGGGGGGGGGUGUCGGGCCGGGGACCGCGCCCCCGUUUUAUACCGGGACUAACCAGUUAAGGUUGUUUAGUAAGAGAUGAACGGGUGUGGUGGGGGUUGCACUGACAAGCAGAUGUUUGGCAGAGCCAUAUGGCUUGAACAGUGUUGUAGCCUCUCUUCCCACCCUACAGCCCACAUGUAUUCUGCCUCUCCAAUCUCUUCCAUGUAUCUGGUUUUGCCCGGGGCAUUACAGGCAAAAAAAUAAAUAAAAGCCCGGAGUGAAUGUAAAAGGAAAAGGUAGGAGCAAAGGAUUUCUCUGCGUGCUUAUAAACGCUUCAAUUAAUCACUUGACUGGAUAUUGCACUCUAGUGUAGCACGAGGUCUCUAGCAGGCUUGCCCGUGUCUUUCCCGCUGAGCUGGGUUUAUCACAACGAAAUGUCAUGAUUAAUAAACUCGGUAGUGAGGUGGUGUUAGAUUUUCAUUUCGUCUGCAAGGUCAGAAAUAAAAACGACCGUGUUAUUUGUCCGUAUUUGUAUGUGUUUGCUCCGCUUGGGACUAGUUUUAUUUUGUUUUCCUUGAAUAUGUUUGAAAGGGUUGGUUGGUCUCACCGAACCAACACGGUACCAAGAGGCGAGUUUGAAACGCUUUUUCGGUAGACAAUCACGCUCUGUUAAUGUCCGACGUCCACCCCUGCUCUCUCCUGGUGUACCUCAUCGCCUUAUCCCGCUACAGUCGACAGUCCUUGUGUCCCCCCGAGACGAACAAAUGCCAUUCAACUAGACAUGAUAAUGCUGCAAUUUUUUUUCUUAAGCUCGCUAGUUUUGUUGUAUAUGCUAGCCAAGUGAGCUUAAAAUGUUGAAUAAACGAUGUGAUAUGAAUGGUUGGUUAUAGUUCAUUUCCAAAGAAAAUAAAGUAUAUAAGUAACUAA